CGUACUUACCCUUUAAUUUGUAGUAAAUAAAUACUCCCCAAGCCCCCGCCUUCCACCCAUCCCCCCCAAUUAAUCUUGCUGCAGUGCUCAACGUACAUCUCCACUCUCUCCAGUCUCCACUCCCAUCUCUUCUCAAUCCCUCUCUAUCUUUUCCACAAACAAGCAAGCGGUUGCAGAAAAAGUAGGCCAACCAAAUUAAAUAAACAAAAUGCCCACAGUACCCUUCUUUUGGAGGAACCUCCUGCAAUGCCUCCCCAGUCCCACCACCACCGCCGCUCCGGACCCGCCUCCGCCCGCCACGUCAUCACCCAUUCUCUUCAGCACCAACCACAACUCCCUCUUCGACAUAUCCUCCUCCUCCUCCACCUCACUCCUCUCCUCCGCCACCGCCACGUCCACUGACUCCUCCGAAUCCGACAACUCGCCUCAUCCCCCGGAUUUCGCAACCGUCUUCGCCUCCCAUCGCUUCUUCUUCUCCUCCCCCGGCCUCUCCAGCUCCAUUAUUAUCUCCAAUCACGACAACAAGAUCGCCGCACCAAACCCUCCUCCGUUGGAGGGUGGCGUGGCGGUGAAGAAGUACUCGCCGGAUCCGUACGCGGACUUCAAGAAGUCGAUGGUGGAGAUGAUCGAAUCGCGGCGGAUCAAGGACGCCCGCGGGAACUGGGAUUACUUGCACCAGCUGCUCUCCUGUUACCUCGACAUGAACCCCAAGAACACUCACGGUUACAUUAUUGCCGCCUUCGCCGACAUUGUCGUCCGUUUGCUGUCCACGUCACCGCCGCCAGAUGUACUCCACCAGACGAGUCCCCGCCCCCUGCCGGCAGCACCGUAGUAGCAUUCCCAACUUGGAAAUCGUGUAACUUAACACAUUUCACUCUUUUUUUUUUUUCUCUCUCUCUUAUGUGACUAUGUUAAUUAUUAUUAUUUUCAGUAAUAUAAAUAUGAGACAAUAUCAAUGUCGGCUAAUGCGAACGGAGUGGAAUGCAAAAUGGCCGCCGUUAAUCGCCAUGUUCAGCUGACACGACCAGAAUCUGAAACACUGGUUAUGGUUCCAGAGAGUUCAGUUCCAGCUGUUUCGAUGGGAUUUAGUUAAUUAAUUAUUCGUUAGGGACGUUAAAUUAAUAAAUUGAGUUAAUUAAU